AUGAAUUUCACAGCAAACGUGCUUCAAAAAGGGGGUCGAGCACGUCCUCUCAAGCCUCGGAAGGUCUAUUAUUCGGAAGUUAUUCCAUUGGCCGGCAAAAAUGAAGUUACCGUGAAGAGACAGAAAGUUGCUGGUAAGUUGCUGUUUGGAUAUUGUUUCUUCUUGAAUUUUAGACGUUUUACAAGCUUCGUGGACUCACUUGGCACAGAAACGUGACUUUUUUUGUCUCAAGAAGCCUAAAAUAAUAUAAUUUUAGGUUCAUCUUGCACUCAGGAGCUUCAAGUUUUGUUCAGUUGUCUGAAGAAGUGGGAAUUCGAUAAUCUUCCUUGUCAAGGCUUCCAUGAGUCGUACAUGCGAUGUAUCGAUGAGUCUGAACGUCAGGCCGCCAUUAAUACCGAGGCCAUUAAGAAAGGAACUCUUGGAGAUGAUUCUGGCGGUCCAACUCUGACCGCUGCUCAGUUGAACAACCUUAUGAAGAUUUAUCCUCAACCUGAUCUCGGAAAGCGACCUUACCGGUGGGUUUUUAUAUUAUUUUCUUUGAUUUUUAGGUUAGGGCCUCAGGUGUCAAGUAUAAUAUGAAAUUUUUGUCGCCAUUGCAAAGUUGAUGGGAUUUUUUUGCAGAUUGAUGCAACGGCUACCCACCUACUCAUAUGCUGAUGAUAUUUUCAACAGAAAAAACAAGCCUGGCAAGAAAUCGUAA